AUGUUCCGCCAAAUCCACCAGGUUCCCGAAGACAUGAUGCGAAAGCCGCUCAAGAAGAGUGGCGACAGGCCCAAGUACGUCGCUCGCAUCGAUACCCAUACGAGGGAUGGCAAGGACAAGGACCCGUUGAAGAGCAAACACUUCUGCCACCUCGCCGAUAUCCCGCCGUCUCCUCCGGUGGAGCUCGUCGGCGAGAUGCACGCCUUGCAACUCUCGCCCACGCCUCAGGUUCGAUCUCCUGAAGCGCGACCUAGCCUUUCAGGCAGGCCCAGGCCGCCAAAGCUUCUGAUCCAUCGAAACUCAAAUGCUUCCAACACGUCAUCGAGGUCUUCCAACGCCUCGUCGCCUCUCUCGCAAGCCCAUGUCUCUCAGCAGCCAUGUCCGCCGCUGACACCGGAUCAAACCUCGUCGCCUCGGACCAUGUAUUUCACUACCGACUCGCCGCCACCUCUAACGCCGGAGCCUUGUCCAUCGCCCUUGCCGUUGCAGCUGCAAGCCCAAACGCAAAGCAAGGAGGAAUCACCCCGGGGUCUACUUUCCAAGAGGCACCUGAGGCAGGUCGUCGAAGGUAAAGAGGAGCAACGGAGGAAGGGGAAGUGA